CACAAGCCAAUCAUUUUUCUUGUUACAUGCUAGGAUCACGUUGCACGCGCUUAUAUUGAGAGCCUUUGCUACAAUCCCUGACAGAACGGCUCUCUAACGGCCGCCCAGAUCGUGCCGCCAGAAGUAGUCCGUCCGCCGCCGAAGCAAGAAGAAAAACGAAAAAAGAAGAAGAAAAGAAAAUAAAGGAAUACGUACGAAAUAUUUUUUGGGGAAAACGACAAGUUACAUGCAAUAAAUAUAUAUAUAUUUUUUUUUGUAAAUCAAUAAAUAGUGGAAAAAGGACAUUGUGAACACACUGAAGAAAAUUCAAGGACAUUUAAUAAAAAAAAAAAUUGUGUUUAAAAAAAAAGUAAAGGAAAUAUAAAUCAAGAUGCCGAGGCCAGUAGUACAGGAGGGAGAGGAUCCCGAUCCAACUCCAUAUCUUUUUGUUUCACUUGAACAGAAGAGAAUUGAUCAAAGUAAGCCCUAUGAUGGUAAAAAAGCUUGCUGGGUACCCGAUGAAAAGGAAGGCUAUCUUCUUGGUGAAAUUAAGGCCACCAAGGGCGAUUUGGUUUCCGUCACUUUGCCUGGCGGCGAGACCAAGGACUUUAAGAAGGAUCUUUUGCAACAAGUGAAUCCACCCAAGUAUGAGAAGGCAGAGGAUAUGUCCAAUUUGACUUAUUUGAAUGAUGCCUCAGUACUGCACAACUUGAAACAACGUUACUACUUUAAGCUUAUCUACACCUAUUCUGGCCUGUUUUGUGUGGCCAUCAAUCCCUACAAGAGAUUCCCCGUCUAUACUGGACGUUGUGCCAAGAUGUACCGUGGCAAGAGGCGUAGUGAAGUGCCACCUCACAUUUUCGCCAUUUCUGAUGGUGCCUAUGUUAACAUGUUGACGAACAGCGAAAAUCAGUCUAUGUUGAUUACUGGUGAAUCCGGAGCAGGAAAGACUGAGAACACGAAGAAGGUAAUUGCGUACUUUGCCACCGUCGGUGCAUCAACGAAAAAGGUUGAUGAAUCAGCUAAGAAGAAGGGUUCUCUUGAGGAUCAGGUCGUCCAAACAAAUCCCGUACUUGAAGCCUUUGGUAAUGCCAAAACCGUCCGUAACGAUAACUCAUCUCGUUUCGGUAAAUUCAUCCGUAUUCACUUUGGUCCUUCUGGAAAGUUGGCUGGUGCCGACAUUGAGACAUAUCUACUGGAGAAAGCUCGUGUAAUUUCCCAACAAACACUCGAGCGUUCCUAUCACAUUUUCUACCAGAUUAUGUCGGGAUCAGUUAAAGGCUUAAAGGAAUUAUGCUGUCUCUCAAACAACAUCCAGGACUACUACUUCGUCUCCCAAGGAAAAACAACUAUUCCCAAUGUAGACGAUGGAGAGGAAUUGCAGUUGACCGACCAAGCCUUCGACGUUCUUGGAUUCACUCAGGAGGAGAAGAACGACAUCUACAAGAUCACUGCAUCUGUGAUGCACAUGGGAGGAAUGAAAUUCAAGCAAAGAGGCCGAGAAGAACAGGCUGAAGCCGAUGGCACUGAGGAAGGUGACCGUGUCGCCAAAUUACUUGGUGUCGAUUGCGCCGAUCUCUACAAGAAUUUAUUGAAACCAAGAAUCAAAGUCGGUAAUGAAUUUGUCACCCAAGGUCGUAAUAAGGAUCAAGUUGCCUAUUCAGUUGGUGCCAUGUCAAAGGCAAUGUUCGACAGAGUCUUCAAAUGGUUGGUCAAGAAGUGUAACGAGACCCUAGACACCAAACAAAAACGUCAACAUUUCAUUGGUGUACUAGAUAUUGCUGGUUUUGAAAUCUUCGACUUUAACAGUUUUGAGCAACUCUGCAUCAACUUUACCAACGAGAAGCUUCAACAAUUCUUCAAUCAUCAUAUGUUUGUCCUUGAACAAGAAGAAUAUACAAGAGAGGGCAUUGAAUGGGCGUUCAUUGACUUUGGCAUGGAUCUCCUCGCAUGUAUCGAACUCAUUGAGAAGCCAAUGGGUAUUCUCUCAAUUCUUGAGGAAGAAUCUAUGUUCCCGAAAGCCACCGACAAGACAUUUGAGGAAAAAUUGAACAACAAUCAUCUUGGCAAGAGUCCUAACUUCUUGAAACCAAAACCACCAAAACCUGGUCAACAAGCUGCUCACUUUGCCAUUGGCCAUUAUGCCGGAAACGUACCAUACAAUAUCACUGGAUGGUUGGAAAAGAAUAAGGACCCGUUGAACGACACUGUUGUUGAUCAAUUCAAAAAAUCGACAAAUAAAUUAUUGAUUGAAAUCUUUGCUGAUCAUCCAGGACAAUCGGGUGGUGGUGGCGGUGAUGCUGGUGGCAAGGGAGGACGUGGUAAGAAAGGUGGUGGCUUCUCCACUGUAUCAUCAUCAUAUAAGGAACAACUUAAUAAUUUGAUGACAACAUUGAGAGCAACACAACCACAUUUCGUACGUUGUAUCAUUCCCAAUGAAUUGAAACAACCUGGUGUCAUUGAUUCUCAUUUGGUGAUGCAUCAAUUGACAUGUAACGGUGUACUUGAGGGUAUUCGUAUUUGCCGUAAAGGAUUCCCCAACAGAAUGAAUUAUCCUGACUUCAAGCUACGAUACAAAAUCUUGGCACCUGCUGCGGUCGAUGCAGCCGGUGGCGAUCCAAAAAAGGCGGCCGCUGCUGUUUUGGAAUCAUCCGGUUUGGACAGCGAUCAAUAUCGUCUUGGACAUACCAAGGUAUUCUUCCGUGCUGGAGUUUUGGGUCAAAUGGAAGAAUUCCGUGACGAACGUCUCAGCAAGAUUCUCUCUUGGAUGCAAGCUUUCAUGCGAGGUUAUUUGGCGCGUAAGGAUUACAAAAAAUUACAGGAACAACGUUUGGCCUUACAAGUGGUGCAACGCAAUUUACGUCGUUAUCUACAAUUGCGUACAUGGCCAUGGUGGAAGUUGUGGAUGAAGGUCAGACCCCUUCUCAAUGCAACUCGCAUCGAAGACGAACUUGCCGAAUUACAAGAGAAGGCUAAGAAAUUCGAGGAAUCAUGGAUAAGGGAAGAGAAAAUGCGUAAAGAAUUGGAGGAAUUGAAUACAAAAUUAUUGGAGGAGAAAACAACAUUGUUGAGACAACUUGAUGGUGAUAAGGGAUCACUUGCUGAAUAUCAGGAGAAGGCCUUAAAAUUAGGAGCUCAAAAAGCUGAUCUCGAAUCACAAUUAGCGGACAUCACUGAUAGGUUCACCCAAGAGGAGGAGGCGAGAAACAAUCUCUUCCAAGGGAAAAAGAAAUUGGAACAAGAGGUUUCGGGUUUGAAGAAAGACAUCGAGGAUUUGGAAUUAACGAUUCAGAAAUCGGAGCAGGAUAAGGCUACCAAAGAUCAUCAAAUUCGGAAUCUAAAUGAAGAAAUUGCACAUCAAGAUGAGUUGAUCAAUAAGUUGAACAAAGAAAAGAAGAAUCAAGGCGAAGUUAAUCAAAAGACAGCCGAGGAACUUCAAGCCGCUGAGGAUAAGGUUAACCAUCUCACCAAAGUUAAGGUCAAGCUCGAACAAACUCUCGAUGAACUCGAAGACACAUUGGAACGCGAAAAGAAAGUUCGCGCCGAUGUUGAGAAAUGUAAGCGAAAGGUUGAAGGCGAUCUCAAACUAACUCAAGAGGCCGUCGCCGAUCUUGAAAGAAACAAAAAAGAAUUGGAACAAACAAUACAACGAAAGGACAAGGAACUCUCAUCAUUAACGGCAAAAUUGGAAGACGAACAAUCAUUGGUUGGCAAAUUACAGAAACAAAUUAAGGAACUACAGGCAAGAAUUGAGGAACUCGAAGAGGAAGUUGAAGCCGAACGUCAAGCGCGUGCUAAAGCUGAAAAACAACGCAGCGAUCUUGCACGUGAAUUGGAAGAACUUGGUGAACGACUUGAGGAAGCUGGAGGCGCAACAUCGGCACAAAUUGAAUUAAACAAAAAACGUGAGGCUGAAUUAAGUAAAUUACGCCGUGAUCUUGAGGAAGCAAAUAUUCAACAUGAAUCCGCCCUUGCAAUUCUACGUAAAAAACAUAAUGACGCCGUUGCCGAAAUGGGAGAACAAAUUGAUCAACUCAACAAAAUUAAAGCCAGGAUUGAAAAGGAAAAGGUUCAGUACUUCAGUGAAUUGAAUGAUCUCCGUGCAACUGUUGAUCAUCUUAGCAACGAGAAGGCCGCACAAGAGAAGAUCGCCAAACAAUUGCAACAUCAAUUGAAUGAGACACAGGGCAAACUCGAGGAAGUGAAUCGUACAUUGAACGAUUUUGAUGCGGCAAAGAAGAAAUUGUCCAUUGAGAACAGCGAUCUUUUGAGACAAUUGGAAGAGGCCGAAUCUCAGGUGAACCAACUCUCGAAGAUCAAGAUCUCAUUGACGACACAGUUGGAGGAUACAAAGAGACUCGCCGACGAAGAGGGACGUGAACGUGCAACUCUAUUGGGUAAAUUCCGUAAUUUGGAACACGAUUUGGACAAUAUUCGCGAACAAGUUGAAGAGGAAGCCGAGGGUAAAGCUGAUUUACAACGUCAAUUGAGUAAGGCAAAUGCCGAGGCACAAUUGUGGCGUACCAAAUACGAAUCAGAAGGUGUUGCACGCGCUGAAGAAUUGGAAGAAGCCAAACGUAAAUUACAAGCACGUCUUGCCGAGGCCGAGGAGACAAUUGAAUCAUUGAAUCAAAAGGUUAUUGCCCUUGAGAAGACUAAACAACGUCUUGCAACUGAAGUUGAGGAUCUACAACUUGAAGUGGAUCGUGCAACAGCAAUUGCCAACGCUGCCGAGAAGAAACAAAAGGCAUUUGAUAAGAUUAUUGGUGAAUGGAAACUUAAAGUUGAUGAUCUUGCUGCGGAACUUGACGCAAGUCAGAAAGAAUGUCGCAACUAUAGUACGGAAUUGUUUAGGCUUAAGGGAGCCUAUGAGGAGGGACAGGAACAAUUGGAGGCUGUUCGUAGGGAGAAUAAGAAUCUUGCCGAUGAGGUUAAGGAUCUUUUGGAUCAAAUUGGUGAGGGUGGACGCAAUAUUCAUGAGAUUGAGAAGGCACGCAAACGUUUGGAGGCUGAGAAGGAUGAACUUCAGGCAGCGCUUGAGGAAGCUGAAGCUGCACUUGAGCAAGAGGAGAACAAAGUAUUGCGCAGUCAACUUGAACUCAGUCAAGUGCGACAGGAAAUCGAUCGUCGUAUUCAAGAGAAGGAGGAGGAAUUCGAAAAUACAAGAAAGAAUCAUCAACGUGCCCUUGAUUCCAUGCAGGCGUCACUCGAAGCCGAGGCUAAGGGCAAGGCUGAGGCGUUACGCAUGAAGAAGAAAUUGGAGGCCGAUAUCAAUGAAUUGGAAAUUGCUCUCGAUCAUGCAAAUAAGGCGAAUGCAGAGGCACAGAAGAAUAUUAAGAGAUAUCAACAGCAACUUAAGGAUGUUCAAACAGCAUUGGAGGAGGAACAGAGAGCACGCGAUGAGGCUCGUGAACUUCUUGGAAUUUCUGAACGUCGCGCUAAUGCCCUACAAAAUGAACUUGAGGAGAGUAGACAACUUCUUGAGCAAGCCGAUCGUGGACGUCGUCAAGCUGAACAAGAAUUGGCUGAUGCUCACGAGCAGCUCAAUGAAAUUAGCGCUCAGAACGCUUCCAUUUCGGCCGCGAAGAGGAAACUUGAGGCUGAACUACAAACCCUUCACUCCGACCUCGAUGAAUUACUCAAUGAGGCCAAGAACUCCGAGGAGAAGGCAAAGAAGGCAAUGGUCGACGCCGCUAGACUGGCCGAUGAACUCCGAGCCGAACAAGAUCACGCUCAAACUCAGGAGAAACUCCGCAAGGCUCUGGAGACACAAAUCAAAGACCUCCAAGUUCGUCUUGACGAGGCUGAGGCCAAUGCACUCAAGGGAGGCAAGAAAGCCAUUCAGAAAUUGGAACAACGUGUACGUGAAUUGGAGAAUGAAUUGGAUGGUGAACAAAGGAGACACGCGGACGCACAGAAGAAUCUCCGUAAAUCAGAACGUCGCAUCAAGGAGCUCAGCUUCCAGGCUGAUGAGGAUCGCAAGAAUCACGAACGUAUGCAAGACUUGGUGGACAAAUUGCAACAGAAGAUCAAAACGUACAAGAGGCAAAUUGAAGAGGCUGAAGAGAUUGCAGCACUCAAUCUUGCCAAGUUCCGUAAGGCACAACAAGAACUCGAGGAGGCAGAAGAGAGGGCAGAUCUCGCUGAACAAGCAAUCACCAAGUUCCGUACCAAGGGACGUGGAGGCAGUGCCGCACGUGGUCUCAGCCCAGUGGGACAGAAGCCUCGUAAGGCACCUUCUGCCGCGCUGGAAUAACACAUCCACAUCGACCUGCGUUCAAACCCCAGUUCGACGGUUCCGCAUUCCCACCACGCUUCGACCUGCAGCCUGACGGUGAAUUUUAAAACGCAUCAACAACAUCCGUUUAAAUUCAAAAUCAUCGUUUAAGUGUCAACGAAACGUCAUCCCACCUGCAAAACAACAACAAUAAUUAAAUCAUCACAUCAUCAUCGAAUUCACACGCACGCACACAACAUUUUUAUCACCGAGACAAAUUUCUCGCAUCACCGCUCGCAUCACGUGUUUUUAGAGAAACGAGGGUGAAGGCACAGACUUAAGAAAAAAAAAAAAAGAAAAUUGUCGAUGAGGAACAAGUAGAACAUUUCGAGACAGGACAUUUAAUUUUUUUUUUUUUUGUCGUUUAAUCGCAUUAGUUGACGAAUCGACACGUCACACUGGGCGAUUAUUUCAUCAAAGGGGUUUUUUUCUGGGGGUUAGGGGUGGGUAGGGAGAAGGUGACAGGGGAAAAAAGAGGAUUAGAACGUGAAAAUUAAAAAAUAGAGAACGAUAGCGAGAACCGAAAGAAAGGUUUUUAAUAACAACUCUUAAAUAAAAAAAAAAAAAGUUCUAGGAGAGGCGAGUAGCCAACAUAUGAGAGAGAUGGUUAUAAUAACGUCGUAAAUUUUAUCAUUUAAUGUAAGCAAAUCAAAAAAAAAAAAAAAAAAAAACAUCACUGUGUCGUCAAUUGCUAUCCUAUCCUUAUAACGUAAUUUAAUUUAUAAAAAAAGCGAAAUAUGUAUUUAUUAAAGUAAAUAAGCAAUAAAUAAAGUUAAGAAAUUAA